AAUAACCUCUCCCUCCAUCUCCUCUCUCUCUCUCUCUCCUUCCUCGGAAGACGCCAGCUGCUUUCGACACUACCUCGAAAAUGGCGUCUCCCCUUUGUUAUCCUCUGACUAUUCAAUACGUUUGAAUUCCUUUUCCUUGAAGAAUUUCCUCCAUUUACUUUCUCUCUCUCCAUCUCUCGUGUUCCCGGCCUCUCGCCUCGAACCUUCUGGCCCCUCCCUUCCCUCUGGCGCUGCAGCUUUGCCCGAAGGUGUCGAGAUAAAUCGUCGCCGUGUUCCGCCUGGGAGAUCUGGGGCUCUCGUUCGCUCUCUCCGGAAGGUUGUGAUUGGGUCGGGAUUGCGGUUCGAAAAUAGGCAAAGAUCACGUAUAUUUUGAUUUGAAGUGAAGGGGGGGUUUGGCGUCUUGUUUGACUUCUAGAGGAAGCUGUUCUCUAUCUUGCAAAGAAAGUCUGGGGAUAUUUGAAGUCAUAACAUAGCCUCUUUUGCAAGUUAAAAUUGCCACAUUGUUUUCUGCUUAGUGAAUGCCAAAGUCGCUUGCUUUGACAUGGCAUGUAUCUGUGGCUAAGCAGUCUCCCUGAAUCGGGUCUGAGUUUUGGAGCUUAGUUGUUAGAUUCUCACUGUUAUUAGGCCUUUUGCCGUCGUUGUGAACUCCUUUAAAUUUGCAUAGGAGAAAAGGUGUCAGAUUGGGGGUUUCAAUGGAACACAGAGAUAGGGAUUUUGAUAUUGAUCUUGAAGUCGGUGGUAAUUGUAGUGAAGAAGGUUCGAGUGAAGAUUCUACUUCUGAUACCAAAAAAGAAGUGAAUUUAGUUAGUGAGUUCUAUGGGAGGCUUAAUGAUAGUUCGGCGAAAGAUGAAGAGUGUGGCGGUUUUUAUGGCAACAUACUGAACUCGGAUGGUGUUGAUGUGCGAAAUAUGCCUAAGUUGGUUGGAGAAAAGAGCCCAGGCAGCACACAGAAGGAAAAGCGGAAAAAGACUAGCAAUAAAAAGGCCCCUAAGCCUCCCCGGCCCCCAAGAGGUCCAUCACUAGAUUCCGCAGAUCAAAAGCUGAUUAAAGAGAUCGCUCAACUUGCGAUGUUGAAGCGUGCGAGGAUCGAGCGGAUGAAGGCCUUGAAGAAGGCAAAAAUGACCAGGGCAUCAUCAUCUUCUCAGAACAGUGUCAUUGCCAUGGUGUUCACUGGUCUUUUCUUGCUCGUGAUACUGUUUCAGGGAAUUGCACCUAGAACAAAAUCCUCGGUGGCAACCUUUGAAGGCUCCCCAGAGUCAGCAGGAUCACCCCUAGGAGGUCUAAUAUCCGUUCAGUACAACCAAAAUUCAUAUAUCACUCACAUGAAUGGACCUGCAUACGGUUCUCCACGUUUGGUAGAGGAGGUUGCUGGUUCAAGUGCAGAGAAAAAGCCUGGUAGAGUUGCUGGAUGAUUUGGACCAUUCGAUCGCGAUCUUUUUUUUUUUUUACCUGUAUAGGUGGCUACAACAAACUGUUUUGCUGGGUAAUUUAUCCCCUUUUGUAUACUCUUCGAAGUUGGGGGAGUGAGUUAAAUUAUCCUGCACAUGAGAUGUUUAUUUGUCACGGGAUGCUGUGUCUUUGCAUGGGUUGCCUCUCUAGCAACUCGUUGGCCAAAAGGAUAAUUUCCUAGCUGUCUUCUGGAAAUGUUCCUGGAAUAAUUAGUUUUCCUCCAUUGCGUAUCUAAGAUCUGUUUCAUUAUUUGUCACAUAAACUAGAACCGAUGUACUUGUGAUUUGAAGAAAGAAAUGCAGAGGAGCUGGCUAGCUUUGGAUAUUGUAAA